GAUAUAGUUUAACGUUUGUUGUUUAUGUUUUAUAAAUUUAAGUGUCAAAACUGAAAAUUAUUAAUUAUUAUAUCUCAAUUAAUUUAAAAAUAUAUUUAACAUUUUAAUAUUAGCUGAAAGAUGGUGGAGAUAAGAUUUUCGAUGUUUUACAACAAACGUCUACUAAUAAUUAGAACUAUAAUAUUAUUUAUAUUAGCAUUAAUAACUUUAUUGUUCGUGACCAUUGUUUAUUUCAGUAAAAUUUUAAAUCAUGGAGGAAGGGUCGAAUGUAAAAAUUGCCAUCAGGAUCCCAUCCCAACUGUCAGUAAUGCAGAUUGUCCCGAUAACAAAUUCACUAGUUCAAGAUUGGUGUGGCCGGAACAAUUACCGCGUGGUGACAGAAUUAUAGAACAAAUGUAUUACGUGCCUAAGGGUUACAAAUACCUGAAGACACCAAUCAAACGGAUUUUAAUCUAUACCGGCGCCGGCGCUGCAUGGGAGGUGCCCAAACUCGACCAAGGUGAGUUCUUUGGAUGUCCCGUGAGUCAAUGUUGGUUGACGUUAAAUAAGUCACUGGGUCCGGAAGUCGACGCGGUGAUUUUCAGGCAUUUUUACAGUCCCCCUGAAUACUGGAGGCCACCCAAACAGAUUUGGAUUUUAUAUAACACCGAAGCUCCGUAUUCCACUUUGCCCGUAAGCGACGCACACGUAUUCAAUUGGACAGCUAACUACCGCUGGGACAGUGAUGUACCACGUCCUUAUAGAUAUUUCAUGAAAUAUAAUCCGCCUCUGCCUCAGGACGGUGGAAAAAAUUACGCUGAACAUAAAACUAAGAAAGUGGCGUGGUUCGUCUCGAACUGCAAUCCGAAUAGUAAUCGUACGAUUUACGUACAGGAACUCGCUAAACACAUUUCGGUUGACGUGUAUGGCGGUUGCGGGACGCUCCAAUGUCCCAAGACAAAAGAAGAGGAAUGCUUUGAGAUGCUAAAAAAUGAUUAUAAAUUUUAUUUGUCUUUUGAAAACUCACAUUGCGUUUAUUAUGUAACCGAAAAAUUUUUCCGGAAUGCACUGAGUUACAACGUGUUGCCAAUCGUCAUGGGACCAAAGCGGAGCGAUUACGAAUUGAUGGCACCAAAAAAUUCGUUCAUACACGUCGACGACUUCAAAUCGCCAAAAAAGCUGGCCGAUUAUUUGCACUUGUUAGACAACGACGACCGUCUUUACAACGAAUACUUCCAGUGGAAGGGCUCGGGCACGAUAAUCCACGACACACGUUUUUACUGCCGGUUGUGCGCUAUGCUCCACGACACGGAACGCGCGCCCAGACACUAUAAAGACAUCAACAAGUGGUGGAGAGGCCCGGGCACGUGUCGCAGUUGAAUAUGUUGAUUAUAAUUAAUAUUCAGGCCUGGCUCAAGUGUUUAAACACACCUAGGCAAAUUUGAGUUUUGCCGUCCCUUACAUGUAAAUACUACAUGAAAUCUAUCAUACAAAACGUGCGUAAAAUGCCGCCUUAGGCGUGGGCGGUGGGCCUACGUCGCCUAGUAGGUCUUGAGCCGGGCUUGUAAAUAUUAUAAUAAAGGUAGAUCGUAAGUACAUAGUUAUUUGUUAUAAAUGUUAUAAUUCAAAUAUAUACCUAAAAUAUGUACGAAACAAAUACAAAAUAUACAACAUAUAUUAUAUACAAUUGUAUAAACUGUCAGAUCAAUAAUAUAUCGUUAUCGGCUGGAAUUUGUUUUAGGUUAAAACGUUAACUAAUAAAAAGAGGACUGUUUAAUAAAUGUUGUAAGCAAAGAUUGUGUUUUAAUGAUUUAUUUUAGAAUUAUUAAAAUAAUCCUAAUGACGCGCUACAGAGGAGCUUGGUUCAAUAUGAUUUACGAACGCGAUAUUGACACCGAGCGAC